AUCAGAGUGCGUUCGCGAGUCACGUGAGAGGACAAUUGUUCCGACAUGGCUGCUUCCAGGAAACUAAAGCUGUGUUUAUCUCCGUUUUUAUGUUUCUUAUUCUAUCGCAUUUGUUGCACACUGGAUGCAGUUUCGGCAGGAGAGGUUGAAAAAUGCAUCGAGCUUCGACUGGGACAAUAUAAAUGUGACCCUCCUAAAAUAAACCAUACAACGCAAGAACCUGAAGAUUGCAGCAGUGUUACAGCAAAUGUUCCUUGUUUUCCUGCCCCUAACAUUUCAUGCCGAGAUUACAAAGGGACUGAGAUCAACUUCAAUGGAUCACAAAUUGGAUUUUACAAACCUAUUCCAUGUCGAAAUGUAAAUGGUUAUUCAUACAAAGUAGCAGUGGCCUUGUCUCUGUUCCUGGGAUGGCUGGGAGCUGACAGGUUUUAUUUAGGAUAUCCAGCUUUAGGCUUGUUGAAGUUCUGCACGGUCGGGUUUUGUGGGAUAGGAAGCCUGAUUGACUUCAUGCUGAUUUCCAUGCAGGUUGUUGGCCCUUCGGAUGGCUCAAGUUAUAUAGUGGAUUAUUAUGGAGCGAGAUUGACCAGGCUCUGUAUCACUAAUGAAACUUACAGGAAGACCCAGACAUAUCCCUAAAUAAAGAGGUAGAAUAUUUUCUAAUCCCGAAGUUUUAUCAGCAAAUCCUUGAUACGAUAAGAAGGUCUUCACUGUGUCGCACUGAGAAACGAGGAUGAACAAGGACUAUUCAACAGUAAAUGAGUUCCUGUUUCUGCUUUCUUUCAAAAAAUCUAUAUACUGGUCUUGAAGAACCUUCAACUCCCAGGAACCUGUUGUACAGCACUCCCCUCACAAGAACAUUCAACUCCCAGGAACCUACUGUACAGGACUCCCCUUACAAGAACAUUCAGAACCUGCUGUACAGCACUCCCCUCACAAUAACAUUCAGAACCUGCUGUACAGCACUCCCCUCACAAGAACAUUCAGAACCUGCUGUACAGCACUCCCCUCACAAGAAAAUUCAGAACCUGCUGUACAGCACUCCCCUCACAAGAACAUUCAGAACCUGCUGUACAGCACUCCCCUCACAAGAACAUUCAGAACCUGCUGUACAGCACUCCCCUCACAAGAACAUUCAGAACCUGCUGUACAGCACUCCCCUCACAAGAACAUUCAGAACCUGCUGUACAGCACUCCCCUUACAAGAACAUUCAACUCCCAGGAGUUGAGGCUGUGUGGUCCAGUGGUUAAAGAAAAGGGCUUGUAACCAGAACGUCCCCGGUUCAAAUCCCGGCUCAGCCACUGACUCAUUGUGUGACCCUGAGCAAGUCACUUUACCUCCUUGUGCUCCGUCUUCCGGGUGAGACGUAAUUGUAAGUGAGUGCAGCUGAUGCAUAGUUCACACACCCGAGUCUCUGUAAGUCGCCUUGGAUAAAGGCGUCUGCUAAAUAAACAAAUAAUAAUAAUAAUAAAUUCAGAACCUGCUGUACAGCACUCCCCUCACAAGAACAUUCAGAACCUGCUGUACAGCACUCCCCUCACACGAACAUUCAGAACAUGCUGUACAGCACUCCCCUCACGAGAACAUUCAGAACCUGCUGUACAGCACUCCCCUCACACGAACAUUCAGAACCUGCUGUACAGCACUCCCCUUACAAGAACAUUCAACUCCCAGGAACCUGCUGUACAGGACUCCCCUCAAAUCCCGGGGGGGGGGGGCACCAUAAACAGCCUCCACCAAAGAUCAUACACUUUAGCUGAAUCUUAGUAGUGUUACAGAACAUAAUGGUGUCUCUUUUAAUGAUCUACACAGAGGGUUAGUCUGUAGUACUAAUACUGCGCUGAAUAUAUUUAUAAUUUAAGUUACCAGGCCCCUCUCACUGUUCAUGCAGAAAGUUGUGUUUUUUGGUUGUUAAUUGGUAGCCUAUUAGAGCUGUUCACUAUAUUUAUGCAGGGUGGUUUAUUGACAUUAUCAUCAUAUUCAAUUACAGUGAAUAUGCUAAAGAGAAGACUACACUAGACUGCAUAAAUAACAAUCAUUAAAAUAGAUAGGGAAUACAAUAUACUCGCCUUUCUUACAAAACUAUUAAUAAGCAUCUCUGAAUGUUAAUUUUAAGGGAUCACCCAAGUUGUUUGUAACUAGUUUUGUAACAUUAUUUACCUGUUUCCCAGGCUUUCAUUGGAACUAACCUAGAAUUACCUUAGCAAAGGUAACAUAAGGCAAUUGUUACUAUAAGUGUAUCUCUGUAUUCUGUUUGCAGAUUGCACUUUGAAUGAAAACUCCCAAAACAGUGCUUUUAAAGAAUUUAAACUCAUCCCCAACUAGUCAGAUUUUGUUAUUUAUCCUAAUCUUUUUCCAUAAACAUAUUUAGGUGUCCUUACUGAUUCACUGCAAGCUGUAUUUUGUUAAAGCUUUAACUUAUUUUGAUAAAGCCCAAUAUGCUCUGCUUUCCUGUUUUGUAUAUAGAUGCAUUGCCUUGUGGAAUUUGCAUAAACAAUUCAGAUUGUUUGUUUUGUUUUUGUUCACUUUUCCUUUUUUUAUUAAAUAAAAAAAACAAAAAACAACAA